AUGUUAAUACAUUUCAUAAUCUCUGUUGUUUUAACAUUUUCUUUCACACAAUCAUUUAUUUUUGCACUUCAUUUACAUGGACAAUAUUCAACUAAUGAAUUUUUUCGAUUAUUAACUAAAUUUGGUAUACAAAAAACUGAUCAACAUCGCCCAGAGGAUACAUUUGGUUAUAUAUAUGGUAAUAUAACGCUUGAUUGUUCAACAAAUAAUUGUUCAACAACAAAAACAAUUUUGUUUCUUAUUCUUGAUUACGAUUACUUUUUACCGUUAUAUAAAAAACAACGUUCACAAUCAUGUUCGGAUAUGAUGAAACAAAUACAAACAAUAGCAUUUCACAGACAAUGUCAUGAACAAGGUACAGAAGAUUUUUGGCGGCAUGUGCCAUGCCAACAAGAUCAAUUGUGUUAUGAUGAAGAUCAACCGAAAAAUGUAAUACAUAAUCAACAAUUUACAUUUAAAAUUCGUGACAUUAAUCAACCAAGAUUUUGGUAUCUAAGUUUAAUAUCAUGCUAUUGGCACCCAGUAACUUGUCAAUGGGAGAAAGUUGAUGAUAAUUUGCGAAUAAAUUAUGACGUUUGGAUUGUAAAUGGCAAUCCAGAAGCAGAACAUCGCGAUAACCGUUUUGAAUAUCAUUUUUCAUUUGAUAUGUUCGAUCUCGUUGAAGUAUAUUCUGUUUGUAUAUUAUUAUAUCUAUUUAUUCCAUUACCCUUUCUUAUAAUUAAAAUGCGUUCAUCAUUCGAUUUCAAACAUCCAAUCGUAUUAUCAUACUUUUUAUUUCAAUUGUUAUUCUUUAUUGGUAAUACAUUUAAUUUAAUGCAUUAUUUUAUUUUUGCUUAUAAUGGCAUUGGUGUUUAUGUAUUAAUUCAUAUUGGAAAUUUACUUACAAUUAUUGGUGAAUCAAUUCUUAUUCUUCUACUUUUAUUCAUUGCUAAAGGUUGGCUAGUGAACACACCGGUACUGCGUCAAGGGAAGAAAACAGUCAUGUUAUUUGUUCUCUACACAAUAGCUUGUUGUUCUUGUUAUAUAUUAAGUAUAAUGACGAUAAAUUCAGUAACGGAUUCGAAUCAUUAUCAAACAUUUGCAAAUUAUUUUUCACUCUUAUUUCGUUGUUUUGUUAUGCUUUUAUUUGUAUUCGAAUUAAAAGAAACGACACAAGAAGAAAAACUUUUAGAAAAACUACAAUUUUUUCAUCAUUUCGGUGCAUGUUGUAUGGUUUGGUUUAUUUAUCCAACAGCUUUAAUAUUUAUAAUGUCGUUUAUUACAGAACUUUAUCGAGUUAAAUUAAUAAUAAGUGUCGUUACCUUAGUCAACUUUUUAAGUAUAUUAAUUAUUUCCUAUAUACUUUUUUCUCCAAAAACAUUUAUAAAUCUACCGAAAAUACCUUUCAUCAAGCAUGACGGUGAAAAAUUGAAUAAAACAACUGAUAAAAAUGGUUAUCAUAAGACAAUGCUAACGGAGCAGGAUGAGGAUGAUGAAGAACAAGAAGAAAUUGAAAUUUACGGACCAUCACAUCUGUUACUAAACACUUCAACGCAACGGAGCUGA